CAUGGCGGACACAGAACGUAGGAGCAAGACAAGUUAAACCAGAACUUUUUUUGGAACCAGAACCUUCUCUGACCCAGAAUCGUCUCGGAACCGGAAGCUUCUCUUCAUGUCCCUCCAGGCUUCCUGUGGGUCGCAGAAAAGGCCGCUCUGCUCCCUCCUCGCUGGCCGCAGCUUAAAGAAGCCAAGGCUUAAUGAUGGCGAGCGGCUGCAGGAGGCUGCGGUCCUGCUGCUGGACCAGAACCAGAACCUCUGCAGGCUGUUCCAGGAGCUGCAGAACAUGGAGCAGAACCGAAACCCGAAGCAGAACCAGGCAGUGUCUGAUGUUGACCCUUUGAACGUUGCAGGACUGCUAGUGGUGAGCGAGCUGCGGCGUCAGGCCGACCGACGGGGCGUCGCUGUCGGAGCCGUCUCGGUGAAGACGAUGUUGGACAGACUGGAUGAGAUCGCUGGGAGACAGGAGGACAAACUUAGGCAGAUGUUCACGUCUUCUCAGAGAGUCCAGUUGCAGGUUCUGUUGGAAGCCAGCAAACUGCUGCUUUGCCAAGGAGCUUUUUGUCCAAGGCUUCUGUGGGCGGAGUACCGAAGAGAUCAGAAGCAUCCUCACCUGGAGCUGCUGUACUUUCUUCACCUUUACAACAUCCUCACUCUGGACUUCAUCAUAGAAAGUGAUGACGCCGUCGCAUCAUGGCUGCCUGGUCAGUUAAAGGCUCUCUGCUGCUGGACGCCUCCGCAGGAGGAAGAGGAGACCAGACAAGUUCAACAGGAAGUUUUAUCCACCGUGGUUGGAGUCCUGGUGGCAUCAGUGAGGAGUUCAGUGCUGGACGAGCUGCUUCUCUGGUUUCUGGACAUUAAGGAAGAGUGCGAUGAAGGAGCAGAGCGAUGGAUUCAGACUCUUGAUGCUUCACUGUGUGGAGGUUCAGUGUCACCAGAAGCUCUUCAGCGGUUCUUUGCUCACUGCCUGACUCAGAUUUUCACCUGGAAUCCCAAACUGACAGUGUCAGAUGCUGUGACCUUGCAGAAUGACUGGACUGUUGCUAAAGCCGGCCGCUGUCUGACCUCGCUUUGCUGCAAGCUGGCUGCGAUCUUCAGCGUGGAGCAGCUGCUGCAUCACCUGCAGCAGGUUCUGGAAACGCACGAGGUCAACUGGAAACACGUCUUGGUCUUUGUCUCCACCCUGCUGGUUUACGACCAGUCGGCCCAGUCCAACCUCAGCGAGGCGUUGUGCCGCCUGCUGAGCUCGGCGUUCGGAGGCUACGAUCUGGAGAAGCUGAUCACCGCCUUCCUGCUGGCCCGGCAGGGGGCGCUAGAGGGCACCGGCGUGUUUCCAUCCUACACCGACUGGUUCAAGAUGUCGUUUGGCGGACGCUCCGGUUUCCAUGCUGGCAGUAAGAAGUCUCUGGUGUUCCUGCUGAAGUUCCUCUCUGACCUUGUGCCCUUUGAACCUCCUCAGUACUUAAAGGUUCAUAUUCUUCACCCUCCGUUUGUGCCUCCAAAACACCGCAGCCUCCUGAUGGAGUACGUCACGCUGGCGAAGACCCGGCUGGCCGACCUGCAGGAGUCGGUGGAGGACAUGGGUUUGUAUGAAGAUGCUUCUGCUGCCGGUGCUUCUUCACUCCAGAGCCAAGCUGCACAGGACGUGGAGAAAGCUGUGUGUCUGUUUGAGAGCAGCGGCAGGAUCCCUGCAGCAGUCAUGGAGGCCAGCAUUUUCCGGAGGCCGUAUUUUCUAACUAGGUUCCUUCCUGCGCUGCUGAAGCCCAGAGCGGUGAGAACUUUCAGUGUGUUUGUCAGAGCGGUGGGAACUUUCAGUGUGUUUGUCAGAGCGGUGGGAACUUUCAGUGUGUUUGUCAGAGCGGUGGGAACUUUCAGUGUGUUUGUCAGAGCGGUGGGAACUUUCAGUGUGUUUGUCAGAGCGGUGGGAACUUUCAGUGUGUUUGUCAGAGCGGUGGGAACUUUCAGGGGGUUGAGCAGAUUUUUCUCGUGCUUCCAGCUUCCUCUUGAAGCCGAUGCUCAGAUGAACUUCAUUGAAGUUUUGAAACAAGCAGAGAAGAUCCCUGCUGCCCAGUAUUCCCAGUAUGUGGAGUCCUGUCAGAAGCGAAGGCAGCAGAGCGGAAGCCCUCGGCGCCCCGGAGCCCCGCUGGCCGUUCUGCAGGAGCAACUGCAGGAGUUCACCCAACUGCUGGCAGCAGGACGGGACCCAGAGUCGUUGGGCCUGCUGUCCAGGAUUUCUCUCACCCUGAGUGUCAUCUGUCCUGGUUCUGAUGACCCGGUUGGAUCGGCUGCCACACCGUCGCUGCCCGACCUCCAUCUGAAGGUGGUUGAUUUAAUUCUGCGAAGUUUCUGCCAGAGCCUCCUGGUCGCUUCCAGAGGAAACCCUCCCAACAGACAGAGUGAGUGGGGCAGCAGGUUCGUCUGCUUGCUGCUCGAUAACCGGCAGCUUCUGUCCAGCGUAAUCCACAGACUGAAGGAUCUGUUUCACCGACAGGCAGCUUCUCUGAAACCUGCCCACAUCCUGGGCCUGGCAGCCUUCAUCGUCCACCUGCAGGCGGCCCAGCCGGGUCCGGCCCAGCCGGAACCGGGUCCGGCCCAGCCGGAACCGGGUCCGGCCCAGCCGGGUCCGGUUCCGGUAGAAGAGGCUCUGGAUUUGGCCAUGUUGAGCAGCAGUCGGAACAGCAUGCUGUUGUCUGUCAGGCUGGCUGUGGCUGCUGUGUCCUAUGGACUCUGCAGAGGACACUCUGCGUCUCCGCAGCGACUGCAGGACUUUAUUCCAAGGAGCCUCUAUAAGAAGGUCCUGUACCUGGUCCCAAGGUUGUUCCCUGAGGCCAGGAUACGUCCAGAGAGGCAGGACGGGGACGGUCCAACAAGCGGCCAUCUUGGGGACGAUCUGGCUCUGCUGUGGAGCUUCAAUGAUGGAACCAGCUGGUCGAAGUUGGUGUUGCAUCUGUGGAGACACGCUGCCUUCCAGCAGCUGCAGCAACUGCAGCAGUACCAGUUGUGUUUUUCAGAGUGGCUGCAUGAAGAGCUCAGAGUCCAGAGAAACUCGGAUGUUUUGUCGGACGCAGAGCGGCAUCAGUACCAGCAGUGGGCCUGCUGGGAGCUUUAUCUGCCCCGGCCAGAGGAGCAGGGAGGCUGUGGCGGUGACCCCAGGGCGCUCUGCUCCCGUCUGCUGACCGCCAUCAUGGAGCCGCCGCCCAGUAGGGAGAUGAACCUGGAAAACCUGGACUUUUCUCCAGGAUCGUCUGGGACUGGAACCUGUUUGCCAGACCUGCUGUCCAGAUUACAGGAGCUGGUCUACGAGGCUCAGGUCGGUGAACUCUGGGGUCGCCGUGUGGGUCUGGGGGACUUCCUGCUCCGGGUCGUGGCUGAGAAAUGCGCCGCCUCCUCUAGCAGCGUCUCCACCAGGCUCAGCCUGCAAAGGACCAUGGAGACCUGGAACAGGGUGCUCCUGGCGCUGCCACCUGUGAUGUUCUUCAAAAUAAAGACUGAAGCAGGGCAGAGCACUGUAGACUGUAGCGAGCUGCUGCAGCACAUCACACAGCUUCAGAGGAAGGCGUGUCCUCCAGCCAGCGCGCUGCCCUGCGCAGUGACAGUUCAUCUCUUGAAGGGUCUGCUCUUUGCUGCGGGACAGUGUGGACAUCCAGCAGCAGAAGUGGACCGGGUCUGGUCCCUGAUGAGCGCCUCCUGUCCUCUCCUCCUCGUCUCUGCAGUGCGUUGGUGGCAGCAGAUUUCUCCGGUUCUGGUUUCACUCUGGACCCGCCUCCAGGAUGCAGAACCUUUUCCAGAGCAGCUGCAGCUCCUCUCAACCUGCCGACUCUGGGCCUGCAGUCUGAGAGUAGGUCCGGUUCUGGUCCAGAUCCCUCCGGGUCCGGUUCUGGUCCAAGCCGCCAGCCUGCAUGGCGCCUUCAGAGGCGGGGCGGAAUGCCAGCAGAACUUCAGAGAGGUUCUGGAUGGACUGAGAGAGGCUGAGAACCAGCAGGUUCUAGUUUCUCUGCUCUUUCUUUUUGUGACGGACUUCUUGUCAGAACUUCUGGAUCCUCAGGAGAAAAGUUCUGGAAGGUCCAAAUGGUUCUGCUCAGAACUUCUGGGGGUUCUGGUGCACUCGGCUGAGUGGCUGCUGCUCUUCGGGUCCAACGAACCCGACCUGGAACUGGAACCGGACCCGGUCACGCUGACGGUCUCUGAUGUUUGCAGCCGGUUAAUGCCCUGGGCAGUCUGCAGUUUGCUGCAGCAGCAGAGCGCCGCCUUCCACCAGAGGGCGCUGCGUUGCCCCGGGUUUCUCCACAGCACCACCCUGUGGUACCUGGCAGCGCUGCGGCUCUUCCUGGACGGAGAGGCACCCGCCUCGGCAUGCCAGGCGGAACCGACCCGGGUUCUGGACUGCAUCAAGCAGUUUGUCCUAAGUUUGAUCCAGCAGGCGCCGGCAGCGGCCAUGAGCUGCAGCCAGUGGAGACAGUUGGAGACUCGCUGUGCGGACCUCGAUCCAGAACUGGCUGCAAGUCUUUCAGUUCACCUGGACCAUACCAGGGCGGGCUUCCUCUAGCGGACCGGAACCAGAACCAGCUGACCUGAUACUGAAUGUCAAACAGUCGACUCGGUUUCAUGGAAACUUUUUAUUUUUCAGAUUUUUCUGCAGUAACAUGAAUCCUAAAUAGAAUAAAACCAGUUCCUCCUC